AUGUGGCUAAUCCACCAUAAACCGAUGGACAUCAGCACUUCCUCCUUCAACAUGAACGACAACAAUGGGACAACAAUGUCUGAGAAUACCAGCAGCACCAACAGAACCUCACAUUUCCCCAAUGAGGUUACUGCAGUACUCUACACUAUUGUCUUCGUUGUGGGUUUCUUGGGUAACGCAUUAGUUAUCUAUGUAGUUGCCCGAUACAGCAAGAUGAAGACAGUAACCAACAUGUACAUCCUGAAUUUAGCUGUGGCAGAUGAACUCUACAUCUUGGGGAUCCCCUUCAUAGGGACCACUGGCGUGCUCUCCUAUUGGCCAUAUGGAGAUUUUCUCUGCAAGGUGGUCAUGACCUCUGACGGCAUGAGCCAGUUCGCCUCCACCUUCUGCCUGACGCUGAUGAGCAUUGACCGCUUCCUUGCUGUGGUUUAUCCCAUUCGUAGCACCAAAUGGCGAAAGCCACGGAUGGCCAAGAUUUUCAGUGGCCUGGUGUGGGUUGUUUCCCUCCUGAUGGUGUUGCCGGUUAUCAUUUUUACACAAGUGCAGGAAGACACUAACACCUGCAACAUAAGCUGGCCUGGGCCUCCGGGCGUGUGGUCCGUUGUUUUUAUCCUGUACACAUCAAUCAUGGGGUUUUUUGGCCCUUUGGUUGUCAUCUGCCUCUGCUAUCUCCUGAUUGUCAUCAAGGUGAAGUCUGCAGGCGUGCGGGCAGGCCAGACUAAGCGGCGCAAGUCAGAGCGCAAGGUGACGCGCAUGGUGGUGAUCAUCGUGGUGGUUUUUAUACUUUGUUGGCUGCCCUUUUUUACUGCCAACAUUGUGAAUUUGUUUCAUUUCAUACCCGAGAACGAAAUCACUACCGCUGUCUACUUUUCCCUGAUCAUCCUCACCUACGUCAACUCCUGUGCCAACCCAGUCCUUUACGGGUUCCUGUCUCACAACUUCAAGCAGAGCUUCAAGAAAGUGCUUUGCUGCUCCAAAGAGAAUGGUACUACAAUUACAGAACCAGUGGGGACCAGACAGAACAAUGAGAAGGAGUCUACCCAGAUGGUCAUAAUGAACACCCAGAGUGAGCCUUUAACCUCAAAACCUGCAAUGAAUGGCCAGUGAUUGCUGCCUUGUUGCUGACCAAGCUUUCACCGAUGAACCAUUGGGACCUCAGGCAUUUUACCCAUGAGCCUUCAUACUGACAGGGAAUAUCCUGAGUUUAUUUUGGUUGCCCCCAUUUCUGUCUUGGGCAUCUCUGGAGAGGCUCACUGAACUGUUUGAGAAGCAGUUUUUACUAAUCACUGCAUUUUUUUGUUGUUGUUUGUUUUCAUGUCUUUGUACACUGCAAUAGACUGUGAGGAUAUGUUUUUGUUUUUCUUGUUUUGUUGGAAAGUAAGUGUCAAUUACUUUAAUCAGUUCAGAAGUAAUAUUUUGUUUUUGUUCUAUAAUGGGCAUUUUUCAAGAAGUGAUAUUGCUUAUUCAAAUACUUGUGUUUUAAAGAGGACAUAUCGUGCAAAAUCCACUUUUUUAGCCUGUAAAGUGUAACUCACGCCGAUGUAAAAUCAUAACCCCAAUCCCAGACAAUUUGGAAAAUGCCACUAAAGUGGGCAGUGCCACAAGACCCUGAGGUGAAAGGGCUACAU